AUGAUCUCAAGAGCUGGUCCGAGUCGUCUAUCGCAUCAUCUACCUUCACCUUGUCCCAGGUAUUUGCGAAAUGUAGGAGCGACAUACCUCACGCCCACAACCAGACCUCUGUCUUCUUCCUCCUCAAAACUCUCGGGUCAUAGUCGAUGGUCCAAAAUCCGACAUAAGAAGGGAGCGGCGGAUGCUCAACGGUCUGUGUUGUUUUCCAAGCUUACGAAUGAUAUACAUACCGCCCUUCGACCUCCAAACUCAUCCGACCCAAACUUGAAUCCUCGUCUAGCAACUGCAAUUGCAAGAGCUAGAGAUGGUGGUGUUCCCCUCCGAAAUAUAGAAGGGGCGUUCGUCAGGGCCAAAGCAGCAGCAGAUGGUUCAGGUCAGAAUGUCAUAUACGAAGCUGUUGGACCUGGUGGAUUUGGGGCUUUGAUCAUAGAAUGUAUGACUGAUAACCCAACGAGAACGUUUGCGAGAGUAAGGGAUAUGUUGAAUAAAAAUGGUUAUCGAAUAGCUCCCGUAGCUUAUCUAUUCGAGAAAAAAGGUUUGAUAAUCAUCUCUAUUUCAAAUGGGGGGACAUACGAUCAUCUGUUCGAAAUCGUUUUAGAAGCAGGUGCGGAAGAUGUCAAAGAGAUUGAUUCUGCGAUAGGUGGGGAGAAAGAGUACGAGAUAAUAGUACCUCCCACAGAACUAUCAUCUUGUGUUCAAAUCCUGUCUCGAUAUUCUGAUAAAUAUACUAUACAAUCUUCCGAACUUGCCCGAUUACCAUUAGAACCUUUGAUAGAGGAAAUUGUCAUGACGGAAAAUGAAGAUGGUUCUGAGAAGAUAGACGGGUUGGAGAGGAUGAUAAAUCUUUUAGAGGAAGAAACCGAUGUUGUGAGAGUUUGGAGUAAUCUGAGUUGA